GUGUGGAAUUUGCAGUUAAAGCUACACUCGGAAUUGUAUGCAGAAUGAUUUACGUGACAUUAACUUUUCUUGCACAACUCCUGGUGCUACAGCCUUGCUUUGCUAUUCCUAAACCAGACGCUGAAUCACCUGCCUCUCAUCAUGAAUUCAAUACAGAUAACAAAUUGUAUAAAGCUACUCUCGAGGCGUUUGUUAAAACCGCCAUACCCUUGGGUGAACAAUAUGGUAAUGUGUUAGAAAAAGUUUUAGAGGAUUUGAAAGCUCAUGAAGAAGCGGCUAAUUAUGAAACUCAAAUAGAACAUUUGGAAGAGCUUGUUAAAGGUGCUAAACAUUUGAAAGGUGAUAGCGACGACGAAACUUUACGUAAUAUUUUAAAACUUGAGAGCGACGUGGCCGGUGCUCAGGAAGCAAGCAAAAAAUCGCCAAAUCCUCAUCUUGUUCAUGAUUUGUUUGAAAAAGAUGGCGGCAAAGAACAUAUAGAGAAGUUUCAUAAGAGUGUGGUUGAAUUUUUUGCUGAUUUCGAUGAUUCUUUCGAGGAAUAUGCUAAAGACUUGAGUGAAGGAGAGAAAGCCGAUCAUGAAGAUUUUUUGAAAUGGUUCAAAGAAUUCAAAGAAGCGGAUGGUUUUGCCAACCAAUUCGAAAAGUUUUUAAGGUUUUUUACAUUUUUCAAUCCCGAACUAUUUAAAGAAAAAAGGAAGUGAAAAAAUGUACUUUACAUAUAACA